AUGGCAGUCGAGUUCAAUUUGAAGAACAUCUCGACUGACCAGAAGCACGGUGUGCGCAAGCAGGUCGUGCCUGUCAGUGCGGCCAAGGCAAAGCCAAUCAAAAAGGUGACUGAGUUGGUGCUGAACGAUGAUAUUUCGGCGCUGCUUGAUAAGCCGCUUCACCACCUAUUGGCAGCAGAAGCGAAAGUUGGUGGAAUCGUCAAAAUUAUUAUGAAACCCGACGACAUUGCGAAGAAGCUGGUCGAGAUUCUUCUUACGUUCAACAGCGCGGUAUCACUCAAUAUGGCACGUCGCGACAGUGAAAUUGCUGAACUCGCGCAAUUGCAUAUAUUUAUCCUGGUAUUGUGUGCGCCAAACCGCGGUGAUGACAUGACGUUUCCAGAAAAGUGUGAGAAGAUCAUGGACUCGGCGGUAUUGUAG